AGAGGAGGCGGGGUGAAGAAGCUGCUGGGAGCAGGCAGGCACAGCAAAAAGAGAGAGGAGCCAACCUACCUUAUCUUACCUCACCUCCUCACAUGCUUAUUGUGUAAAUCUUGUAAAAAAAAAAAAAAAAGCAAUUAAGCUGCAGCAGCAUCAUCUGAAGCUUUCACCUGUCCUGGGCUUUGCGGGGACGUGCGCGUCUUUAUUUUGCGGGAAAACAAGUGUUUUCAGUCGGUUUGAAUAAAGCAGGCAACAACCAUCACCCCCCCCAUCAUCAUCCUACUCCUCCAACCAUGACCGACAGGAAAGCUGUGAUCAAGAACGCAGACAUGUCCGAGGACAUGCAGCAGGACGCGGUGGACUGUGCCACCCAGGCCAUGGAGAAGUACAACAUAGAGAAGGACAUCGCUGCCUACAUCAAGAAGGAGUUUGACAAGAAGUACAACCCCACCUGGCACUGCAUCGUCGGAAGGAACUUCGGCAGCUACGUCACCCACGAGACGAAGCACUUCAUUUACUUCUACUUGGGCCAAGUGGCCAUCUUGCUCUUCAAGUCUGGCUGAGAAGUUUCUGAUGGGUGUCGAGGAGAUUUUCUCCCUGAACCUAAAUCGGAAAUGCACUGGUGGCUGACGUGUCCCAUACACUAAUAACGACAUACCAUAACGAUGCAAAACCGGCCGUGCGCAAUUGCAUGGACUAUACACUAUUUAAUAUGUAUGUUACAGUAAGUUUACUUUUCAAUAGUUGCCAUUUGAAUGCAACUGAAGUAGUUUUUGUUGAUGCUGUUAAAUUCUAGGUUGUAAAAGAUCUCAACGUGGCCCUUGAUUGUAUAAUAAAGGAAAGCUGUAGAAUGUAGUGGUGCAUCUGCUUUCCUUUUAAGUGACUCUGUUAUGAGACUCCAUCUGUCGGUUUAGAUGGUAAAAAUCAUACCGCGUAACAAUUCAUCAUCCAGAUUUUCAACGUGCGAUCGUGAAAAGAAGCUGGUUAACGGGGCAAAAAUAGUUAAACGGCUUCCUUCAGUCUCCGGGAGAACAUACAGCAUGACUUCACUUUAUUACUGCAUCAGUCGUAAUAAUUUUAAAAGGGUUGUUUUCUCUAGACGCGAAUACAAAUUUAGAUUUAAAAGUAAAACCCCCUCCCCCAAUAGAAAUUUAAGCAGCCACUUUGAGGAAAAAGAUGUCAAAACAUCCAACACAAGCCAAGUGCGAACAUUUCCAGGGAUGUUUAGUUUGCUCUUAAAUUUUCACUGUGAGGGACGACAGAGCAAAUAAAGCUCACAUACGUACACAGACCUUAGCCUGUAAUGUCCGACUAAAUAACACUACAGACUGGUUAUCUCCAGACUCACCUAGCUAGAUUUUAAUCUUGUGUUUCUGCAUGUUUUCAAAGAUAGUAACCACGAUUUCCUUUAACCGUCAUCAAACAUCUUGAAGCUAAAUAAUUUAUCUUUUGAGUAUGUAGAUAUUGGACUGAGCCGAUGUGUGUCUUGUCCCUGUAAUUGCUAUAAAGCAGCAGCAGCGUUAGGAAGGUGAUAUAGAAAAAAAAACAAAAAAACAUCCGCAGUCAACUCUACCAAGGCUACUAACACCCCGUGUGUUUCAGAUGGCUGUGUUGUCUUGUGUGGCUUGUGAUACCUUCAAGUUGCAUCACCUCCCCUGUCCCCGCCCAUCCUUUUAUUUUUGCAUUGCGAGUGUACUGCCAGACAUGCAGGGAAGAGUUGGGACUCUAAAGCAACUUCAAACAGGUGUAUCUCUUGUCUAGCAAACUGAUUUUUCAUUUUGUCAAUACGAUUAGUUUGAAAUGGCAAUGCACAAAGUUUGGAUGCUGUUGAAACGUGUUCUUUGGGAGGGCAGAUUGGAGGGAUUUAGUCCACAGACUGAAUGUUUACUCAGUUGUUUCUCUCCCGUAAUCCAACAAUGGGUGAAAUGUGUAUCUCUCAAGUGUUAGAUUGUGUUCGCGGGAAGUCUUCCUAACUAUUGUCAAUGUAAACUGAUUUAGUAUUGUUUUCCUCUGGCAUGUAUUUUUGCUGUGUAUAUGUAGGAGCCGUUCCAAUGCUGUUAAAUUUGCACAAAACGUGCCUGUCAUUGCUCUCAACUGUAACUGGCUUGAGUACAAUUGCACUUCAUUAGAGUUAUCCAGUAGGUUGCUACAGAACCAAAAUCGUAUAAACUCGAUAAAAUAAAAAUUAAUUGUUGACUUAU